AUGGCACUCGCCGAACGGAUUUCAGAGUGGGUCCGGAAGCAUCAUUUUGAAGCUUGGGAGGCGCCAAGCAAUGUGUCUUUUUACUUUUUGCUGCUUGAAAUCCCACCUGAAUCAGCUUGCAGUCUCUACGGGGUCCCCGGUGCUUUUUCUUUGGAAAAGGCCCAUGGAUGCCAUGUUUUCUCACCCUCCCAGGAACGCGUCGCGUUGCAAUUCCCGGACGCCCUCCUUGGCGAAGCACCCGAGAUCCUCGAGCAGGUGUGCGAGAAACUGAAGGAUCGUAGGGUCUUCAUCCUGGGUGACUCCUCCUUCGGUGGAGGGGGCGUUGAUGAAGUCGGUGCGCGCCAUUACGGCGCGGACUGCAUCGUUCGCUUCGGGCACGCGGAACAGCAAAGAGGUGGUGACUUGCCGGUACUCUUCGUCUUUGAUGAGCAGAUCGCUGCUGACUGUGUAGAGGAUGCCGAGGAAAUUGUGAAGAGAGUUCAUGGCUUGUUCGCGAAGCGUGCUCGCGUAGAAGGCGAUGACAUGGAUGCGCACCUCUUGGUACUUUGUGACUUGCCCCAGCAGUACAUGGCAGAACCACUGGGCCAAGCUCUGGUGGAAAGCUUUGGCAAGUUUUUUGUACUGGUGGCAACUCCACAUCAAGAGGCUUUCUCGGGUGACAUUCCGACUGGAUGGCGUGAUUGGCGCUUUGGCGCAUUGCAGCUCGGGCAAGCUUGGUGGUCUACGCUUGGAACCUUGACUUUGGCAGGAGCUGCCCGGCCUCCAAGACUCAAGGUUUGUGGCCGCGAUGUCUAUGCCUUGGGCUCGGGCGCCGACACACAACCUUCUAUGGGCCGCACGUUACCACCCAACAGCGCUGUGCUCUAUGUUGGCCCUAAGGGCUCCAGUCUAGAGCGUUGCGCACUUUUGCGCUAUGGCGCCUCGUGCCCCGUUUGGAGUCUAGAGAGAUUGGAGGCGGAGAGCCCCCACGUGGGCGCAAGAUUGGAGCGAAUCUUUAGUCAUGCGUUGCUUCAGAAGAGGUAUCGCUUUGUUGAGUUGGCCAAGGCUGCUGGCACCAUUGGGCUUUUGAUGGUUUCCGCCGGUGGCCCUACAACCUUGGGAAAGGCCCUGGCAGAGAGGCUGGAGGCCUUGCUGUCCAAGGCCAACCGCCAGUCCUACCGGCUGGUCGUUGGGCAACCCACCCAAGAGAAGCUGGGCAACUUUCCAGAGAUUGAGUGCUAUGUGUUGCUCUCCGGGCCUGAGCAGUUUAUGUGGGAUCUCCGUGAUUUCAUGGUGCCCAUUUGCACCCCCUUCGAGUUGGAAGUAGCUCUAGGUGCGCGUGAGUGGACCGGGGAGUAUUUGACCGAUCUUCAGGAACUUCUAGACACAGCUCCUAUGACUGAGGUGCUCCCAAACACCGUCUCUGAAGAUGCCACGCUGGUGCAGUCCUUAGGCACCAAGAUCCGUUCCUUCGAAUCCAACGGCCCUUUGCUCCGUCCGAAGAGCACGGUGACAGAGACCUCUACGGUGACAGAGAUGAAAGCUCCAGCGAGCAUCACACCUGGACUUUAUGGUGUGCCGUGGAAGUAUAGCCAGGAAGGCUUAAGUCGAAGCGAAGUGGACAACUAG